GUUCGGUAAGCGUUCGGGAAGACGCGCGCGUGCGACAUAUACCGGUUGUAGCAGCAGCAGUAAGCAAGGAAAGGAAAGGAUCCGUUCGCGUUCGCAGAGCCGUCCAGAAUGAAACACCUCGGGCACGUUGACGGUUGUGUGCUGCAGCAGUAGUAGCAGGUCGUUCUGGGUUGAUUCGUGCGUGUGAAUGGUGAAACAAAACCCCGCUUGUGUGUUUGAUCCUUGUUUGUGAUUCCUGUGUCGAGAUAGUCUAGUCUCCUUACCACCUGCUGGUGUUGGAGGAAGGUCGUCCCGUGGUGGAAAGCGACAAUUUGUGUGCGCGUGCCAAGCAUUUGCCAUCUGACGGUGGCCGAAGGUUACAGCAGCAUCAUCCUCGAGGAAGUUACGUUGCUUGCCUGAUUGUUCUGCCGAGAGGCUCCAGUGACGAGUGUGCGGUGGUUUUCUUUGAAUUUGCCCGUUGCCCUUGCCAACCCGUAAGAAGUAGCAAGGGAAUCGUUGAAAGUUUGGAGGGCUUUUUCCUUUUUCUUCUUUUUUUCCUCCCUGCCGGAGUUGUGUGCGAUUGUGAUGAUGGUGUUGAGAUUUAGUGGCAGGGAGUCGAUAGACGUGCCUGAAGGACAGGAACAUUUCUGCGCCGUUGUGGGGUAAGGUGAAAUCCGUUCCGGGCAGGUGUUCUAAGAGUGAGACGUACAAAUUCAUCCUGGAUGACGGUGUUUCUGAGUGAUGAGUGUGGAUGUCCGAGUGAUGCUCAGUGUGCAAUGUCUCAUAGUCUAUUGGAUCAUGGCAACCGUAGGCCACAGUGCCAGCAGCAGCGUAGUGUUGUUUUUCGUGUGCUAAUGAAGUGCGCAUAGUGAAAUAUCGCAAAAAUAGUGUAAAAGUUAACGUUAAGGAAUCUGACAGACCGCAGCGAUGCGUGCCGUGCUGUCUCUAUUUAUUUAAUUUAUUGCAACUAUUUAUGCAAACGUACAAGCUAUCCAAGUGUAGUCGUGAUAUCUCUUCGACAUAACUCUCCGAAGUGAAGCGAAGUACCUAGCAUAACCCCCGGAGGCAAUGAUGGCUACCAGACAACGUACCGAUCCGGCCGGAAGUACUCGAGCUCGAGGAGCGGCCCGUUGGCAUUCGAGGGCAAGAAUUCGGUCACUGGUGCCGCUGCUACCACUUGUGCUGGGAUGCUGUUGCAUCACCUUAGCUCACGGUGCCAUGGAAGAGAUGAUGAUAGCCCCCAUAGAAGUAAUCGAGGAAUGGGGCUGCUAUGACACCGAAAUACGGCUGACGUGUGGGAAUCUCGAGUCGAAAAUAGCGAUCCUGGAGGCACGGUUCACUCCCCGGUGCAUGGAGCAGCGUACCGAGAACUGCGUCUACAUGGACGAACACAGCGUUGCCCAUCCGUUCGCCUCGCAAAAGGUGGACAAGCUGAUCCUGGAGGAAACGGAAGCCGGAAGGCGCUUCCUCGCCACACUGCGGCGCAACCACGAGCGGGAGCAGGAGCAGGAAGCGCCCGAGGACGGCGAACCCGGUACGCGCGAGCUGACAGCGGGCGGUACGAACCGGCGCGAAGGGGCCACGCUGGUCGCCUCCCGCUCGCUGGCCAAAGACAAGCGCAGCUCGCUGCGGGCUACGCUCGAGCACCUGAUAGUGCGCUAUCUGCGCCGGCUCACCAGCGACGACGACGCGGACGGGGACGAUGGGGGCGAAGAGCGGGGCGGGUACGAGGUAGCUGCUCGCUACCGAAGACAAUCGCUUCCGGCGACCGACUCCGGCAGCGUGGGAAACACCCACCGCGUGCCGGACGCGGCCAGCAGCACUUCCAGCCCACCGGCGGUCGGAUUCUUCAACUCGAUGGAAAUUACACUGCUCACCAACGAUACGGACACGAACCUGACCGACGGGUGGGACUCGGCCGAGCGGUGGGAGGCGGAUCGCAAGGCAAGCCAGCCGCUGGACGGUGGCAGUGCGCCACAGCUGACAGCUGGGGCCGGAGCCACCGCAGAAGGAUAUGGAUUUUCCGGUCCGUCGGUGUCCGAGCUAGUGGGGGCGCGUGUUGCAGGGGAUGGGAUAGUGGCGGGCGGUGCAAGUGUUAGUGAGGCGCACGGUACGACCGGUGGCAGUGGUGAUGAUGCUGCCAGAGCUAAUGGGGAGAGUGAGUUUCGCGAUAAUGGCGAUGAGGUGGAAUAUAAUCUCCCGAUCGGUGGUAGUGCGCCGGUCGGUGGGGUGAUGGGUGAGCUGAGGCAGCAGAGAAAAAGGCAGGAAAAACCGAAGGGCCGCCGGGGCGGUGAGUGUGACAGCGUGCGGAAGCGGGUAUCGCAGCUGGAUCGGUUCGAGCUGGAGCGGUCGAUGCGCAAUGGCUCCUUCCGGGAGUACAACAUCCGGAAUGCACUCAACUACCGAUGUUCCGGGAAGAACCACUGCAGCUUCAUCUUCUCGCAGGAUCACCCGUUUGCCGUCGUCUGGAAGGAGGGCACGGUGCGCAUCAAGUACAUCUGCAUGGACGACUUUCGCAUCAGCAAGUACUGCGGCGAGCAUCUGAUCGUCGGCAACGAGGUCCACUGGGAGCCGCUGGACGGCGACACGGACGAGGACUCUGGAGGCGACGGAGGCACCAUUGCCGAAACGUCGUACCACCCGGAGACGGCCUUCGGAAGUUCGGAACCACCAGCGGCCGGGGAUGGUGGUGGUGGUGGUAUCGCUAAUGGAGCCGCUAAUGAUGCGCCCGGCCCAGGCUCAGCAGAGCCGUCCUCCGAACAGAACGAGGGCGGUGAAGAUUUGCGAGACGACGAUGAAUCUUUGGCGGUGCUCAGUGACGGACGCGCUGGGUCCCCGUACCGUCGAUUGGUCAGAGCCGGUGCCGCGGCAGGAGAACCGCGUGCCGAAGCGCUCCAGGCGGCCACGAUACAUUCGUUUCACAAUUUGAAAAUUCUUAAACCCGUGGACGACGAGGAGGCGGAGGAGGACCAGCAAGGUGGUGUGUACGAGCAGCGACAGCAACAGCAUCAAAAGCACCACGACCAGCAGCAGCAGCAGCAGCAUCGGUACAACGACACUGAAAUGGAUCGCAAUCAGCAGGAGACCGAUGGGGCGACGGCAACCCGCAACCGGAACCGCCAGCGGCAGAAAGUUUUCUCCCAGGACUUUCGAGUGCUGAAAAUUCUACCCUCCAAUCUGGACGUGGUGGAGGACAUCAAGCAGAUUGGCAACGAGUACUACUUCAAGAAGGACGUCGAGGUCGUGGUGGACGAUAGCGAGAACGAAAUCGUCGAUAGCGAAGGCGGCAGAAGAAAGGCCGAGCCGAACCAGCCGACAGUGAACUCUGCCGCCACCGCAACGACCGAAAUGACGGAAACGCUAGACAUCGUGGUGCUGCCCGCCCCGACGAAGGACAUCGAAAUUUAUGACAACGAGCUGCUGGAGCCCGGCAACGAGGGCUUGCCGAGCGCACGGCCGGAAGAUGAUAUCAGCGUAAUUGGUUUGAUAACGCCAACGCGACCAGCGGUCACUACUUCAUCCAUGACAGCUGCAUCCGGCGGCGGCAGCAGCACCACACCGUCACCAGCGACCGUACCGGUAAGCGUCGAAACUACGCUCGGACAUUGGGACGUCGAUCGGUUGGAUUUGCCGGAAUCGGCGGAAGAAAACCGGACCAACUUGGCUGCUGGAGUGGACGAAAGCACUCCACCAGCAUCGCCACCGUUCAGCUUCAACAAUCGCACGUUCCAGACGAUACAGGAAACGGUGCGGCAAGAGUUUGAUGAGAGUCAGGGCCCGUUCCCGCCGCUCGGUGGUAACUAUGACGAAGAGGAGGAGGAAGAGGAGGAGGAGGACGAUUUCGAUGACGACGAUGAGGCUGAUGAGGGGCGAUAUCGGGGAAGGGGCGGUACCAGGACGUAUGAUGCGGAUGGACGACGGCGGCUCGACAAGUCACACAAAAAGUACAUGAGCGUGCAGCGGACAUUGCUGAAGCAUCCACUGCGCCAGGGCUUCCUGAUGACGCCGAGCUAUCCGAAGUACUACAUCGGGGACAGUACCUGCCGGUGGACGCUCUACGCUGGAGUGCAUCAAAGGAUUAAGCUGACCGUGCUGGACCUAGCAUUACGCUUCGACGAAGAGUGUCGAGAUUAUCUGCAAGUAGUCGAUCUCAACACGAACCAGACGCUCUUUCACAGCUGCACCGAGAGCAGCCGUCCGAUCGAGAUCGUCAGCAUACAGGAACGCCUAGAGGUUUCUGUACGGACGACAACCAAAGUGAUCUAUCCCAAGCGAGGUGUCCUGAUACAUUACACAGCGCUGGGCUGCGAACUACCAUCACCCACGCCCGGGCAUAUGCGGCUGGUGCGAAGAACCGAGCAUCGCGUCAAGUACGUCUGUGAUCCGUUGCACGUCUUUCCCGACAGUGGCGAAACCGUCCGCGAGCUGAUCUGCACAGCGAAGCACACCUGGCACCGACCCCUUCCGGCCUGCAUAGAAAAAAGAGCUACCGAAGGCAGCGGUCUAGUGUCACAUUACGAGCAGAAGCGCAGAUACGGCGAUAGUGACAACAUGUCGGAUAAGCAGGCGGACACUGUUUACGAUAUUCUCAUUCCCUCGCUCAUCAUCGCGGGCCUAUUUGUUGUUAAUGGCAUCGUGUUUGCGGUCAUCAUGCGGUACCGCAACAAGAGAAAACAGCGCCUUGAUCUAGAGAGUAAGGAACUGGCCGAACUGUAAGAGUGUGUGUGUGAGUGUGUGAGUGUGUAUCGUGCUCCAAACAUCCCAAAGACCCUUCCACACCACACCCAGCAUCAUCUCUUCGCCAACAAACCGGGGGAGGGGGGGACUAUUAUGGCCAAAACGGAAGCAUGCAUGGCCUGAUGAUACACUACACCUACACUUGGUUGGUGCGUUGUUUUGCAUGAGAAGUGCUUGUUGAAGCGAGUGGGAAUGCCACGGCCUACUACCACAGGCAUGCACCGGCUGAGCCGCACACAUUGCUCAUCAUGUUUCCGCCGCUUUCCACAAUCAUUCGCCAAGAUCGCGAGCUCGCGCGCGCCAUACAUAUAUCAUCGCCCCUUCUUUUGCUCGGUUAGAACAUUUGUUUUCUCUGUGACACGUCAUUAUGUUAUGUUUCAGUUUUAAGCGUGUUAUAAAAGUGCGUGUUUCGAAUUAAGAGGAAAUUGUAAAUUCGUUUAUUUAACUUUUUUCGGGAUGUGGUGGUCAACCAGCUGAGUGACACCGAAACCACCAUCUUCCACACCGGUACAGCGCCUCCAAAGCUAGAUGGUGAAACACUAGGAAUGGUGUGUAGAGUACGCGCUGAACGACGACACCCGAAGAGAAAAGCCCGUUAGGAUUCAAACAUUCAAAAAUAGGAUAACAUCCGGAAGUGAUGUUUUUAGACUAAAUUUGUGUGUGUGCUAGCGGAGUACAGUGCACAUCUGGGACGUCAUUCAUUCACAUUCAUUCAUUGAUUCGCUCAUCAACACGAGAGACUAAGAAGAUGAUUGUUUCUUUUUUGGUGGAAAAUAACGAACAAAUAGAAGCAGAUUGCUAAUAGCGCCAUUACCUUGAUAUAUGUGGGGCAGCCACGUUUAACAAUUGUGCACCGAAAACAAAACGAAAGUGAAUAAAUCUUUUACUGCACGCUUUUACAAGCUUUUUUCCGAGACCGUUUAUACUAAAGUAUUUAGUGUGGAUGGAACGCUUGGCUGAUGAUGGAGGCCGAGUAGAAGGGCGGCAGGGGUUUACACAUUGGGGAACGGCUUAGGUUGUGGCAGUAAGAGAAGCGUAGAGAGAGAGAGAGAGAGAGAGAGAGAGAGAGAGAGAGAGAGAGAGAGAGAGGUCGCACAAGCUGCACUGUUGUACAGUUGUAGUUGAAAGUGGAUUGAUGAGAGCGAAACAGAAUUAUUGAUUGUGCACAGCAGCCAACGAACAAAACAAAGUGGAAUGGAUGGUGGACAUUGAACAAAAAAAAGAAAAAAAAGAUACUCCGAUGCAAGACUGUAAAGUAGCUGAGACGAGAGAGGGAGAGAACAUUUAGGAUUUGCUGUAGAGUAGCAGGUGCAAAAAGGAAUUAUAAACAGUAGAUGUCGCUUUUUUGCAGACAUGGCACAGGAUUCAUUAGGGCUUAAACUUGGUCACUUGUGAAGCAAAACAAAACAAAAAAUGGCAAGAUUAUAGUUCAAGCAGGUUGAUGUGUGGUUCCGGAGAAGAAGAAAAUCACCAAAACUCAAUUAACCGUAAGCUACGUUUCAUCCAGAAGCCACCAAAAGCCAUCCCCGUUAGUAGAUUGUACAUUUAAAGUACACACACACACAACUUGAAAACCACCGCUACCAUAAAUGGCACCCGGCGGCGGGCGCAGAUUGCAAAAGCAAAAAAAAAAGGAUGCACCACACCUUGAGACAUGCGGCAACAAACAAUUGCUAUGCCAAAGAUUAGAAUUAACAAAACACGCCCCACACACACAAACAAACACACAGAUAGAGCGGAGAAGAAGAGGGGAAAAUAGCAGCUUAAUGUGAAGAACACAUGACAAAAGAUUGAUGUUUGCUCCCCACAAAGCAGAGCCAUAUUAUUUUGAGCUUCUUCUCGCCAACCGAACCUGCAAUAGAGUAUGUAAAAAAAAACAACGGUGGACCAAACUCCUGCCCAUGCCCCGCCACUAAAGGAAACCCCCACAAUAGCAGGUCUUUUACUUUAGCUUCCUUUUGCCGCUUCUGUUCCUGCUCUGAUGAAGACAUGGUUCGCACUGAUUCGUUGGCCAAACAAAAGAAAAACAGAAAUACAGAGAAACAAUUGCAAAUGCAUAUCAUAUGAAUUCUGCUGCUUGUAAUGCAACAAAACAAACACGCGAUGUGAUAGGAGACGGACGCGGACACACCCGGGUACACCCGUGACGUGUUAGCGUAGCAAAGAAAAGAAAAAAAAAAACAAAAAUAAAUACACACAUAUUUUGCUAUACUGCAUUUAUCUUUCCUUCCUUCCCGCGCGCGCCGGGACGCUAAACGCGCCCCCGGUUAAAUCCCCGGUUGAAAUAUAUUAUAAAUAUAAGGCUAGCGCGUACCCCAGAGGCAAAUGAUGCAAACCUCCUACACAAACCACACACACAGGCAGACACAAAGAUACGCUCUUUAAUGCAAAAAAACACAUGUCCCCCCCUUGAUCGACUUAAUAAUCAAUUUUGAAAUUUCGCUUCUUAAGCACCUGAGACAGAGAGAACGGAAAUGAAAGUUAUGACACAAAGUCCUCCACCCUCACAAAUACACAGAGAAAGUACAUACAAACAAAAAAAAUUCCCACUGACACACUGAAUCAAUUAACAGUACAGGAUAGUUAUAAAGAACCGGAGAAGAGAAGCGACAAGAAAAUACUGAAAAAGACCGUUAUAAACAAAAAUCAAUCCACUUCCGGCAGGGUUGCUGUAGUGGGUGGGUGGCGGCCAACCCCGGUUGACUAUGUGAAAGCCAUACCGUAAAGAGUGGAAUGGAAGGAAGCGGAGAAGAUGGCAAGAAAAAUGCUAAAUAAAGUAAAACUAUUAAACGAAAGUGAAA